AUUUGGAGAGGAUAGAGAAAAAAGAAUCUUGAGAGAAGAAAACAAUAAAGGUUGAACAUCAGAGACCAGCCUCCCCUGUACUCAGCUGUGUGUCCACGAAGAGUGACAAAUCUAUGGAUCCACCUAUCAUGUUCAGAGAAGGAGAAGUUUCCAUUGAACAAAGGUUAAAGCAGCAGAGACCAGCCUCCCCUGUACCCAGCUGCGUGUCCAUGAAGAGUGACCUGUCUAUGGAACCACCUCUCACAUUUAAAGAGGGAAACAUGUCUACUGUAGAAAGGGUCCACCAGGAGAGACCAGCCAUCACGGCACCCAGCUGUGUGUCGAUGAAGAGUGACCAGUCUAUGGAUCCACCUUUUAGGUUCAGAGAUGGAGUUGUUUCCAUUGAACAAAUAGACCAACAGGAGAUAUCAGAAUCAGAGAUUCUCAGUGGUCAGUCUCCACAGACUCAUCAAACAGACCUGUCCUCCAUAUUCAGUAGUCAGAGGGAGGAUGAGGAAGUGGUGGAUGCUGAAGAUGAGAAGCAGGAGUGCAGUGCCAGAGAGGGGGCUCUGAAGAUCACACUGCACGUCCUGAGGAAAAUGAACCAGAAGGAGCUUGCCGACACACUGGAGAAAAGUGAGCUUGCUUUGAUUUGCCAACGGGAACUCAAAUCUAAUCUAAAGACGAAAUAUCAAAGUGUAUUUGAGGGUAUUGCUAAGCAAGGGAACCCAACACUUCUCAAUAAGAUCUACACAGAGCUCUACAUCACAGAGGGUGGAAAUGGAGAGGUCAAUAAUGAACAUGAGGUCAGACAGAUAGAGACAACAACCAGGAAACAAACAAGACCAGAGACUCCAAUCAAAUGUAAUGACAUCUUCAAACCCUUACCUGGACAAGACUCACCUAUCAGAACUGUGCUGACAAAGGGAGUCGCCGGCAUUGGAAAAACAGUCUCUGUGCAGAAGUUCAUUCUGGACUGGGCUGAAGGAAAAGCAAAUCAGGAUGUCCAAUUCGUAUUUUCACUUCCUUUUCGGGAGCUGAAUUUGAUGAAAGGGGAAAAACACAGUUUGUUUGAACUUCUCGAUCACUUCUCAAUGGAAACAAAAGAAUCAAGAAUCUCCAACUACGACAAGUACAAAGUUCUGUUCAUCUUUGAUGGUCUGGAUGAGUGCCGACUGCCCCUAGACUUCAAGAGGAACAAGAGCUGUUGUGAUGUCACAGAGUCGACCUCAGUGGAUGUGCUGCUGACAAACCUCAUCAAGGGAAAUCUGCUGCCUUCUGCUCUUCUCUGGAUAACUACUCGACCUGCAGCAGCCAAUCAGAUCCCUUCAGGAUGUGUUGACCAGGUUACAGAGGUGCGAGGGUUUAAUGAUCCACAAAAAGAGGAGUACUUUAGAAAGAGAUUUAGUGAUAAGAACUUGGCCAGUAGAAUCAUCUCACACAUGAAGUCAUCAAGGAGCCUCUACAUCAUGUGCCACAUACCAGUCUUCUGUUGGAUCUCUGCCACAGUUUUGGAGAAAAUGGGUGAAGAAGGGAGAGAGUUGCCCCAGACUCUAACUGAGAUGUGCACACACUUCCUGGUAUUUCAGACCAAACAGACGAAUGAAAAGUAUCUUGCGAAAGAAGAGACAUGUCCACACUGGAAUAAAACAAGCAUUCUAUCACUGGGAAAACUGGCUUUUCAACAGCUUGUGAAAGGCAAUCUAAUUUUCUAUGAAGAAGACCUGAAAGAGUGUGGCAUUGAUGUCAGGGAAGUCUCAGUGUACUCAGGAGUGUGUACACAGAUCUUCAGAGAGGAAUGUGGGCUGUACCAGGUCAAGGUGUUCUGCUUUGUGCAUCUGAGCAUUCAGGAGUUUCUGGCUGCUGUAUAUGUGUUUCUCAGAUUCAGCAAUGACAAUGAGAAUCUAAUAGCCAAACCACAUUCAUCUUCAAAACAUUUCUGUUCAGAGACAUACCUGCAAUUGACUUUGGAUAAAGCCUUGGAGAGUGAGGGUGGACACCUUGAUCUUUUCCUCCGCUUCCUUCUGGGCCUCUCACUGGAGUCAAAUCAUAAGCACUUACGAGGUCUACUGACAAAGACAAGAAGCAGCCCACAGAGCCAUGAACAAACAGUCAUGUACAUCAAGGAGAAGAUCAGGGAGAAUCCCUCUCCAGAGAGGUGCAUCAAUCUGUUCCACUGUCUGAAUGARCUGAAUGACCAUUCUCUAGUGGAGGAGAUCCAAAGUUACCUGAGCUCAGGAAAUGUCUCCAGUGAAAAACUCUCACCUGCACUGUGGUCAGCUCUGGCCUUUGUGUUAAUGACUUCAGAAGAGGAGCUGGAGGUGUUUGACCUGAAGAAAUACUCCAAAUCAGAGGAAGGUCUUCUGAGGUUGCUGCCAGUUGUCAAAGCCUCCAGAGCAGCUCUGCUGUCAGACUGCGGAGUCACAGAGGAAGGUUGUGCUUCUCUGGCCUCAGCUCUGAAGUCAAACCCCUCACACCUGAGAGAGCUGGAUCUGAGUAACAAUGACCUGAAUGAUUCAGGAGUGAAGAUGCUCUCUGCUGGACUGCAGGAUCCACAAUGUAAACUGGAGACUCUGAGGCUGUCAGGCUGUCUGGUCACGGAGAAAGGCUGUGCUUCUCUGGUCUCAGCUCUGAGGUUAAACCCCUCACACCUGAGAGAGCUGGACAUGAGCUACAAUCACCCAGGAGACUCAGGAGUCAGACUGCUCUCUGCUCGACUGGAGGAUCCACACUGCAGACUGGAGAAACUCAAUGUGGAGCAUGGUGGAGAACACACAAUGAAACCUGGGCUUAGAAAAUAUGCGUUUGAGCUCACACUGGACCCAAACACAGUACACAGAAACCUCUCUUGGUCUGAGGUGAAUAGAAAGUUGACAUGUGGGAAAGGGAGUCAGCCGUAUCCUGAUCACCCAGAGAGAUUUCAGGACCAUCCACAGGUGCUGUGUAGAGAGGGUCUGUCUGGGCGCUGUUACUGGGAGGUAGAGUGGAGUGGGAAAUGGGCUAUAAUAGGAGUUGCAUAUAAAGGAAUCAGCAGGAGAGGACAACAUAAUGACUGUGUGCUUGGAGCCAAUGACAAGUCCUGGUGUCURUUCUGCUCUGAUAAAGGUUACACUGCCAAGCACAAUAAUGAGAGAACUGUCACCUCCUCCGGCUCCCACAGAGUAGGAGUAUAUCUGGACUGGGUGGCCGGCACGCUGUCCUUCUACAUGUAUGGUAUCUCCUCUGAUACACUGAUCCACCUGCACACAUUCCACACCACAUUCACUGAGCCCCUGUAUCCUGGGUUUGGGGUCAGUUGGUCCAAAUCCUCAGUUUCUCUGUGUCAGAUAGCCUCCUGAAGUCACACUCCUAUUGAAACACAACUGGGUGACAUGAUGGGUUAUGCUUCACUCAAAUCUAAAAAAUAAAUAAAGCCCUUUUGUGAGAAAAAAAACGAAUUCUGAUUGGCUGGGUCUUGCUCCCCAGUGGGUGGGGCUAUGCCCUCCCUCCAGGCCCACUGUUAGCUGUGCCCCUGCCCAGUCAUGUGAAAUCCAUAGGGCUUAUGAAUUUAUUUCGGAUGAUUUCCUUUUCAUCUGUAUCUCAGUAAAAUCAUUGAAAUUGUUGCAUGUUGUGUUUAUUUUUUUUUUGUAUAUAUAGUAUAUAUUUUUGGG